ACUUGAAUUUACAGUAGAAUAUGGUACAUACUAUCUAUCUGUCUACCAAAAAGUAGAGCUCUACAACAAAAACACAAAAUAAGAGCCGUCAGAAAGGACAUUCGAAAUUUGUAUAUACAGUACAUAUUUACAUACAUAUAAUACAAAAUAAUACAAUAAAAAAAAAAAAUAAUAAUAAUACAAUAUUCUUAUAUUUAUAAAGUAGUAUUUUUACAAACUAUGGCUCUGACCAAUAUUUCAAAAGUUAUUUAAAUUACAAUUUUUAACAAGCGUUAAUCGGAGCCUUGGAACAUAAGCUUUUUAUUGAAAUCUUAAUAACAAAGCUGAAUAGCCAUAUUCCCCGAAAGCCGAAGAAUCUGACUUAUACAGACUCUACUCGAACAUUAUUAAACGGUUUCAGAGAGAGAUUGCAGCAAAACUUUUUCUUACUUUUUACAACUUAUCCUUUAAAUAACGUAAAAUGUAUCUAUUUAAAAUAACUUACUCGGAAUGCAUUUUAAUUGUGUAAUUAUUAAUGUGCUUUUAUGGGCGUCUAUGUGCUCUUCAAACGAUCCAUACAAUGCUCUUGGUCUAAAAAACAUUGCCACUUCAGAGGAAAUACGGUUAGCUUAUAGGCAACUAGCAAAAGAAUGGCAUCCAGAUAAAAGUCAAACUACUGACGGAGCGGAAAAAUUUUUUAAGAUUAAGUCGGCCUAUGAACUUCUAACCGACACAGAACGUCGACGAAUUUAUGACCUAUAUGGGAUUACAGAUGAAAAUUCCCAUUAUUUACAAAAAAAAUAUGAUUAUAGUGAAUACAACCGGUUUUCAAACGAUCAAUUUGAUGACAUUUUUUUGGGAAACCAAUUUCCAAUUGGUCAAGAUAUUGGGCUAUUCCAUAAACUAUCGGUUACUGCAAACUAUUUUGAGAAGAUUAUUUUACCCAAUUCUGAAAAGAAGGUUUACUUAAUUUUGUUUUAUAAUGACUGGUGCUUUCGAUGUAUUAAAAUAGUUGAAGCUUUUAAAAAACUAAAAGACCUUUUAGAACCAUUAGGUAUAAAUUUUGCAACAAUUAAUGCUGUUUAUGAACCAUCAACAUUCCGUAAAACUGGAUCGGAUGGAGUUCCAAAGUUAAUUGUCGUUUUGAAAAGAAAUUUUUUUAUUUUUCGGGACGAUGCCCUAACGCCGCCAAAAGUUGUAGAGUUCAUAAGGAAAAAAAUGCCAUUUAAUAUUUUACACCGUAUUGAAAGUAAAAAUAUAAAUGCGUUUCUGAGUGGAUGGAUGGAUAAUAAAGUACGCGCUUUAAUUUUUGAACCUCGUAGUCAAAUAAGAUUAAGAUACCUUCUAACAGCAUUUGAGUUUUAUGAUCGUGUAACAUUCGGAUUUAUUGAUAUAAGCAACGGACGAGCAGAAGAGUUAGUUUCACGAUAUAAUAUAAGCAGAACCAUGGAUUCGUUAUUUAUAUUUAAUGAGGAUCCUUUGAGAUACGUUACAAGUAUAUCUAUGUCCGAUAUACCAACCAAGACUUUAAGAUCUGUUGUUUCUUCCCAUCAGUUUUUGGCUCUACCUAGGUUGUCAUCGCAGGAAAUCUUAGACAAAAUAUGUCCGAAAGAUUGGAGUCGACCAAGGAAACGAUUAUGCGUGGUUUUGAUUACCAAUAACUCUGUAAAUAACGAAAUCGAAAGAAAUACUCUUAGGAAUAUUGCUUUAAAAAGAGAGUAUAAUUAUGAAAGAGUUCGAUUCGCUUAUAUGUUUAAGGAGAGACAAAAAAAUUUUAUUAAAGCUAUUUCAAAAGGAUUUAAGGAAUCAAAUAUUCCACAUAUUGUAGUCCUUUGGCGGCGAGACGAUAAACACUUAAAAUACGAAUGGAUUUUUGGGGUUGCCAAAGGCAACAGCUCUGCUACGGGAAUUUUAGCAAAUUCAACAAAACAUGAAGUUUCUCGUACAGUAAGAAGGUUGCUAAAAUCAUCAGAAAGUUUUAAUUAUGAAGCAGUUGUACAGAAGCUGUUCAACGAGCAUAGUGAAGGAAAAUUAUCUAUGUGGCUAUCUCGAAUAAUAUAUUUAAUCGAUUCAAUAUCAGAUCAGGUGGAAAACGAACAUUUACUUGCUGCUUUAUCCCUGUUGGGAACUAUUGCAUUAAUGUUAGCCGUUGGGUACUUAUUAAUGUAUUUCGUACGAAUAGAAGAAGACAAUCUUAGGGCGCAGGGAUUUAUUUUAAGUUAUCAAGAUGCUCAACCAACAAACAGAAUCCCAGAGCUAAAGUUAUAUGAACUUAGAGCUGAAAAAUAUAAUGGAAUGGUACGCCUAUUGAAGCCUGGAUUUCGCACAUUACUUCUGAUAACAGAUUAUCAGACCCGUAAAAAGCUUAUUCCUGACUUUCAUAAAGCGGUGUGGCCUUACAGGAAAACAAAAACUUUAUUGUUUGGACAUUUACUUAUAGAAAAAGGAUUGUCGUGGUAUUCGGAACUUCUCCGAUUGUCCUUGUGCGAAUCCCAGAAACUGCAAGUAAAUCCAAGAAAUUGCGUGGGUACCGUAAUUGCCCUGAAUGGCCACCGGAAAUAUUUUUGUAUGUAUCAUGCAAAGCAUCCCGAAUCGAUUCGUGUGAAUAAGAGAAUUUUGAAAAUAACCAAGCAGCUGUUAACUAAUGAAGAUGAUCCUGAAGCGGGAACAUUUCUCGAAGACAAUUUUUCUGAUGAAUCUGAGACGGAAGGAAAUGUGGUUUUGGAAGACAACUUACUUAAAGGAUUCGAUAAAUGGCUCGAUAGGUUAUUUGAUGGAACGACACAUAAAUACUACAUAAACUAUUGGCCGGAUUUUUCAACAAAAUAAUAUAACUUACAUACAAAAAUUAUAAUGUUGCAUCAUUCAGAUGCCAAAAAAUCGUUCACCGGAAAAAUAAUUUAUCGCCCCCAAAACCUCCCGUGACGUCACUUUAACACUAUCGCUAAUUUAGCACCGCUUUUAUUGGUCUGCGCGCGCUUCUUAUAGGUCUUUUUGCGUCAUCCGCUCUCCCGUAAAUUGCAUGAAGCGUUCAGCCGCCACUUCGCUUUACUCUUCACUCGUUUUUUAACACUAAUUCAUCACAUCUUCGGCUUAUGUACAUAUAUGUAAACAUUUAAUCGAAGAAUAAAAAUCCUAGGUU